AACUUUAUACUGCUCACUGGCGCAAGUGACUCGCCUGGUACUGCACUAUCAGCAGCAACUCCACCCAGAAUAACAAAUCAUGAUUUUAGCAACUAUGACCAAUUACAAAGCAUUUCUCUAUUUCUCUCUUCAUUCUGAUUUUGGAUAGGUAUUAAGUCUCAUGAUGUCCAUGUACACUAGCUAUAAUAUUUGGAACUUAGGUUUUCUUUUGGUUAAACAAAUCCUUACGCUUGUUCUUUCUACCUGGACAUAGGAGCAUGCAAAGCGGUGCAAGGACCAAUAUGGAUUAUUACACGCUGGGUUUCUUAUUUGCUACCGUCGUCCUAUCGUAGUCAAGCCGAAAGGGUCUCUACUAAGUUUAGUACUGACUAUGAUUUGUACGAAAUCCUAUUUCGUCUAUUUAGCGGUUUGUGCAUUUACUUCAGACAAACAUACUAAACUAAAAAUAUCUUUACAAAUUUCACCUUAUGAAUAUUAGCACAGAAACCCACGACGGCCGACACUAAAUAUAUUCUACAAAGUAAAGAAAUAUUUAUUUUUUUGUCUCUAAUUUCAUUAUAAGUAUUUAUCUAUCGGGAGUUAUAUGAGACAAGUAGGUACCUGCGAAGGCUAGUAAAGAAAUUCCAAUGACUAACCACAGUAUCAGUAUCAUUUAAUCAGCAAAUUUCCUCUACGCGUUCAGAAAUACCAGUAAAACUAAGGACAAUUGUAUGGAACAGGGUUCGGUAUUCUAAUAUAAACUAUAGAAGUUCUAAAUGCAGCUGAGAUUAUCUAAAAUGCAAUAAGUUGGAUUGUCAAAUAAUACUUACAUCUAGUUUCUUUCCACUUCUAGAACCGAUCUACACAUCUGCAAUUUUCGGAAGUAAUGCAAGUAAUUACGGUUUAUUACCAUAUAUUUAUUAGGUGACACAUGUUUAUUUAUUCUUCCCUAUCUUAAAAAAAUAUAUGGCAUGAGGAAAUAAUGAGAGCAAGCCUGCGUAGCUGAGUUAUUUUUUACUAUAAACUUGAAGGUGUGGGAUACCCACCACUUCCUAUUGAGUCAGCUUGGUGGAUCUAUUGUUACUCUUCUUAUUAGAAGGUAGAUCCAUGGGUGGACCUGGGAGAAGGGGGCAAAGGCGGGCCUUUGUCCCCUCUGAAGUCAACGCAAGUAAAUAUUAUUGUAUGUACUUGUAAGGCGCUGAUUUAUUGGGACCACCUAUAUGAAAUAUCUCCUAUCACAUCCAUAGUCCCCCUUCUCCCUAAGCUCGAACAACACUUGGGAUCCCUUCCCUUUGAGUUUAAAGCUGGUUUAAUGUUCAUGGCUAGAACAGAGCCUUAAAAGACUUAAUUACAAAGCACUGCACGAAAUUACACUUGGAUGGUCUCACAAAUCCAAACAUAAAUAUCUCUACUUUCUACGGAACCAACAUAUGAAAAUAAUUUUAAAAAUGAAUUUGUUCGCAAUUAUAUAAAGUCGCCUUUGAUACGAGAGCGCAAACGCACAUUCAUGCGACUCGGGCCUGUGGCAGGCGCAUUACAUCUAGCGCAGUGCAGUCGACGGAGAGGCGCGGAAUCGGCGCGUGCGCAGCGUCUCAACCGUGAACUUUAAAUAUUGUGCUUGUGUUGUGAUGUGUUUGUGUUGUUCCGGUAGGCUUUGUUUUGAUUUAUGAAUGGAACAAAAGUGUUAACGUCUUUUUGGUGCUAUUGAAGUUUGGUAUGACGCUGGUAUGUGAAAUCAGGAACUCUAUUCAUCAGUAACUGCACCAUGUCGAAGGAGACUAGUAUUAAGAUGGAGGAAGACUCCGGCAGCCAUGAGAGUCAGUUCAACCUGGACGGCAUCCUGAGCGAGCUGGGCAGCUUCGGCAAGUACCAGCUGCUGCUGCUGUUCCUCUUGGCCUUCCGGGACUCCUUCCUCGCCAUGUGCAAUUUCAACUACGUGUUCACUGCUGCUGAAGUCGGUUAUAGAUGUGAAGUACCAGAGUGUGAGCUCUCUACCACAAAAUUCAACGACACAUGGACUUCCUUCGCUUUGCCGAAUGUUUCCAACACAUGCUAUCGAAUGGCGCCUCAGUAUGCAUCAAACGGCAAUUACACAGAACAGGACGAGCGAUGGUUGUCGAUAUGGUCCCGCAAUGAGACGUGUUCGCCUGAACACUUCAGUAACAGAACUAUGCCAUGCCAGAAAAUUGUUUACGAAGACUACAACAGUAUUGUGGCUGAGUUCGACCUGGGCUGUGAGCCGUGGAAAAGGACGCUCAUCGGCACCGUCCACAGCCUUGGACUCGUGUUCUCCUUCAUCGUGUCAGGACUCAUCUCAGACAGGUACGGUCGUAAGGUGGUGAUAGUGGUCACACCGCUGGUGGUGGGGGUCGCUGGGCUCAUCAAGUCGUUCUCAGUCAACUACUGGAUGCUGCUGGUUCUGGAGUUUCUCGAGGCCGCGCUCGGUUAUGGAAACGCUUCUCUGGUUCUAUCUUUAGAAACCGUAAGCCAAAAGCGUCGAGUAGUCUUCUCCUGCAUAGUAGACAUCUUGACCAGUAUAGGCAGUGCCUUCUUCGGCCUGAUAGCCUGGAAGGUGCCUUACUGGCGGCACAUGAUUAGGGCCAUCUACGCGCCGCUGCUCGUGGUCGUUUUCUACAUUUUCCUGGUGGAUGAGGGCGUCAGGUGGCUCCUCGCCCAUAACAAGAAGCACGAGGCAGUCCGAGUAUUGAACAAAGUGGCUAAGAUCAAUAAGAUAACUCUGUCACAGAAAGCGAAAGCGAUGCUGAUUAAAAUUACCGAAGAGAGAAAUAAGUCUGAUGAGGCAAACCAAUCCCCGCCACCAGAACAAGCCCACCUAUUAUCUGUACUCCGGUCACGCAAGAUGGUGAUGCGCGUCGCCCUCAUAGCCGCGAGCUUCUUUUGCGCCACCUUCGUUUACAACGGCACCAUCAUCAACUCCACCACUAUCUGGGGGAACAAGUACCUAAACUUCUCUGCUCUGCUAUUGGUCGCCGUGCCCACGAGGAUCGUCACGGCUUUCACGCUGAUGCGGUUCGGCAGGAAGGCUCCCAUCUGCGUCGCAUACUCGUUGUGUGCAGCGUUUUUCAUUGCGUCAGCCUUCGUCCCUAAAUCGAUCUGGUGGGCGUCAGUGCUGUUCUACCUGGUGGGUAACAUGUGCAGCAGCUACGGCAUGUUCAGCAUGUACGUGGUGGCCAUGGAGGUGUUCCCCACCACCUCGCGCAACUCACUCACCAACAUCGCCAACACGGUGGGCAGGCUUGGCUCCGUGCUCGCGCCCCAGGCUCCUUUGUUGGACCAGUUUAUGUUAGGUCUUCCGAGCAUACUGUUCGGUAUAGUAGCGCUCGGGCCUGCGAUGCUUGCUUUGCUUCUACCAGACACGAGUAAAGCUGUGCUCCCCGACGACAUCGCCGACGCAGAGAAACUGGACGAACAGCCCGAGGAAGCUCAGCCUGUUGCCAGUUGCCAGCCUAGUGAAACUAUUUCUGAGCAAGAGAAGGAAAGGUUCUAGUCUCAAGAAAUAAGUAGUUGAGUGUGAGUGGACUUCUGGAAUCAAAUGGACCUCAAUUCCACAAGUCUUGCCAUUAAUAUGUCAAAUCGAAUAUCAUAAGAUUUCAGUUGUCAUAAAUAAGGAAUCUCGCAAUAUCAUAGUGGACCAAGAUCGUGAUUCUUUGUAUAUUAUUAGUGAUAACCGUCUUUAAGCUUUAACGUACAGAACUUAGAGGUUGAAGCUACAAAAGAAACUAUCGUAAGAAGAAAGAUUGUGAUAUCAAUGUAUUAAUGGUCAUAAUGAACUCGAAGAACUAACUCAAGUAAAGCUCUUAUUGCACUGGACAGACGCACAGCGUCUUCGCUUCGCUGUGAAUUUGCCUGCAAUUUACCAGUGUGAUAAGAGCCUUAACUUUUAUCGACAACGGAUAAAAUCACCAGGAUUUAGUGAUCUGAAUUUAUAGUUUAAAGUGAUUAAUAUAGUGUGCUAUUAACCAUUAAAUAAUGUGUGUCCUUGUUACAAGUCUGCCUACUCUUUCGAGGAUAAGUGAGAUGUUUGUAGUAUGUUAGACAUUAGGAAGUAUUUCAUGUGAUCAUAAUUUAAGUGAAUUUAGGGGUAUGCUGGCGUAGCUUAAGUGGUUAUGAUGAAUAUGUACAUAGUUUUUAUAAAUACCUAUUUAUGUUCUGAAAUGUGACAGCAAAGGUAAUAAUGCUAUAUUAGUGACAAACUCCUACUCUAGGGCAUCUGAAUGACAAGAUUGAUUUGUAUGUAGGAGGUAAUUCGGCAGGGAUGACCGGUUGGGUUUUGGCAGGUCAACAAGGUAACCACGAUUAUUUAAUUUGUGAAUGUUCUUGGGCUGUAGUGUAUACUUUUAAGGGACUUACAAGUAUCGGGCCUCUUAGUUCUUGAUAAAAUAAUGCCUAUAAGAAAUUCUGUAAGUAUGAUAUUAACUUUCUUUCUUAUUGUGAAAUUUGAAAGAGAACUUAUUAGGAAAAGGGUUUAUUGUAUUCAUUGUUAACCAUUUUCCCUACGCCAAGAGAUUGUUCUUGUUAAACAUAUCGUUCCUACGAUUAUGAUAUAUUAAAUAAUGAAAUUGGCUUUAAAUCUAUUGAUAAGUUUAAGUGGAGUUAGUUCGUAAUUUUUGUUUUAUCUUGAAUGUUAGUAUGCAUGUAAUGAAACUAGAUGGCGUUAGUUGUAUAUUGUGUGAAUCUUCAAUAUUAUUUAUAUUAUUAAUUUUUCUGUUAAAGUAACACUUUAAUAUAAAUGACUCUCCGUUUUAGAUCUGAAAAUCAAUUAAAUUUGACUUUAAUUUAAUGAUAUAAUUUACACGACUUUGUUCUCAAAGAAUACAGUCACUACAAGUUUUAAAAUAAUUUAUAAGUCAUUUAUUAAAUAGCUUUUCAAAAAUCUCUUAUCAAACCAAAAUGAUUUAUUGUAAUUAAUUCAUUAACAAUCUUUAGUGAAAUCACAAUAAUGGUAACAUAAGGUUUCGUGCUUUUCCAAAACAGAAAAAAUAUUCAAUUUCGUAAAUUGAAUCUCUUAUUUUUAUAAAUUAAAAUUAUUUUGUUUAUUGAAGGUUUUUUUUGCAAACAAACAAAAAUACCCUAUUUAAUUAAGUAGGAAAAUUAAUGAUUCAUUUUUCGAAACGAUAAAAUAUUUUUCUCUAUUAAAUGUGCAUUUUUACCGAGUGUUAGAGCAAUAUUGUUUAUUAAUGUCUUGUUACAUUGAUUAUAGGCAGCAAUAUAGUAGGAUAGUAAUUUACAGGGAUUUCGCAAUUUAUAAUGAAAUAUAGCAACUGGUACUUAAAAUGAAUAUUAAUUGAUAUUUCUAAAAUCAAAUCAAUUUUAAUCUAAGUAACUCUUUUGCGCUAGUGAGACUAUCGAAUAUAAGUACAUGUUACUUUUACUUUAACUUAAUACUUUUAUGUAAGUGCGGAAAUUUCCUCUUAUAAACUUCAAGGUGAACUCACUGAAAGUAAAUUUUCAGCAGAAAGGAUGCAAUAUUUUUAAUUUUUUAUAUUAUAAUAUAUUAUUGAUAAUAAAGUACAGCUUUGUAAUAUAUUAAGUAUGGGUACAAACUUUGUGUACUUAAUGCUCUAAAUAUAACAAUAUUUUUUUUACAUUAAACCGCCAGGAAAAAACAUUUUUAAGUUUUUUAAAUAACUCAGAAUAAACUAAGGUGUUUUUAUAUUUUAACUUACUGUAUUGUAAGUCAGAGACAAUUGAUUUUGUGGGAAUUAUUUUAAUUUUAUAUAAAAUAAAGUCGUAUUGUUAUAUACUUAAUAUAAUGAUAGAUACUAUUUUUGUAUAAUAUUUAAUAUAGGUACUGCAUUAAGUGUUAAUUGUUUGCAUUUAAUAAAUUAUUUCUUUUUGAAUCUCAACUAUUGUAAAUUCGCAGUAUGGUGUGAUUAUUAAAAUUAAGUAUAUUGCUUUAAAUUAAAUAGAUUCGAUUUCACAAAAAAAAUAUUUUCAAAUUAUUAUAUUACUAAUCUUCCUUUUUCUAACCUCACCUUGCUCUCCAUAACUACAAAAUAUCUGCAAGGUACCUAUCAUGCUUCCGCCACCACAUUUCUUUAAAUCGAAAUUCGUAUUAUAUUGCAAAGUAUAAGUAAUUAAUAGUCUUCUAUAUUUUAUAAGACGUAUAUAUUUUAUUCUCCUUAUAAUUAAACUCGCUUCUGCCUUCUUAUGCUUGAGGCACUAGGUUUGAAUCGGGCAAAGUGAUAUUUGGGUUUUUUGUGUUUCUAUUACAAAACAGAAAAAAUAUAUAUUUAUCCUUAUAAUUAAACUCGCUUCUGCCUUCUUAUGCUUGAGGCACUAGGUUUGAAUCGGGCAAAGUGAUAUUUGGGUUUUUUGUGUUUCUAUUACAAAACAGAAAAAAAUUAUAACAAUGAUUUAGAAACAAUCAGUCUGUACCUAGAAUGUGUCAUUCCCAUACAUAAGGUUAGCUUUAAUGAUUUUUCUAUUAUCGGACCUCGCAAUCACCACCAAGAGAAACCUGCGGAUGAGAUAUUCGAAUACCCAGGUUUAGGACUUGCAAGGUAUUGGUGGAAAGUUGGGAGGGGAUAUCUGAGGAAGUGUGAAGGAAAAGAAACCUGAGGAUGGGCGAAGGGUAGAAGGCCAGGAAAUAUUCGCGAACCCUCAUAUGCCUUAAUGUUUAGAUACAACCAUGAGGUACACACUGAACUGUGUGGCAGGGCCACGACAAAUGUCCCCUGGUGCAUGGGCGUGCAUGCGGUGUGGAGACCGAGCGCACAAGAAUUGCUUCGGAGGGAAGCGUUAAUGAUUGUAAAAAGUCAUCUAGGCUACAGCCUUUGAUCUCAAUUCAAAACGGUAUUACUAUGCCGAAUAGUUUCAUACAUUAAACUGGGAAAAGUUGAAGACGACGCAGACCAAAGCUAUCUAACUUCGAUUAGACAAAGGAAGUGUAGGCAAGGUGAAGUCCUUGACGACAACGUCAACACGACGACAUCAAUCAUUAUGAGCCAGUCGAGAUAUGUUUAAUUAAUGAGCUAAUUAUCGGAACCGAUGCUAAUGAUUACACUAAUCUAUAUUAGAAGGUGCAAAGGACGGUAGGUUCUUCGCGAUGUUAAUACCUCGAAACCAUACAAAAGUGAUACAUAUUUCAUAUAUAUAUAGUCAUAUAAAUUAGUGUUUCGACAAUUAUUGGGCUGGUUUUAUUACGCAAUGGAUAUACUAACAAGUUGUCUAAAGAAGCACUGGAAGAGAAAAGUCCCAAAGUGGGCGACAAUAGGAAUCAAUGACGAGACGUGUAAUUUGUUCGCGAGAUAAGGGCUCACCUCUCGUAUAAUAUAAGACGCGCACAAUGAUUUACAGAAUACUGCAUAGCAUUGGUCGCAGGACUAAGGCCUAAACCCUAUUAGUAGCAGAACGGGCCUGUGCUUAGCAGUAGGCAGUAUAUAAGACAAGGCUGAUAUUAUUAUAGAAAGUUCAUGUUUUAUGCGCUAAAUGUGUGUCGCGCUGAUUUACACCGGUGACCUAAAUAAGAGCCACAUUGUCAUGUGAGAAGUGCAAGAGAAAUAUACAUGUACUUAUAUGUGUACGAAGUGAUUAAAAUAUUAUAAAAUAAAAUUCUGAUUGUUUAAAAGAGUUUUAAUAAUAUGUCACGUGUCGAAAAUGAACUUAUACUUAUUUUCAUAUUAUGUAAUGGACAAUAUUUUGGAUUUGAAGUUAUAAAAUAAGUUGCUAAUUAUAUUAUUUCAUUUAUAAAUACGUUACUACUAUUGAGUUCAACAAGUUGGGUAGUAUGAUAUUGUAGAGCAAACUAAUAUAAUGAAAUCAAUUAUUGUACAAUGGAAAACCUAAAUGAACAUUAAGAUCGCAAUGUGGACCGACCGCCUUUACCCAUAAUAAGUAUUUAACUCUGAAAUAUUACAAUUUAUAAAUAGAACAUUAGAUACUAAACUGUUUUUUGUAUAUUAUAAUAUUCCACGCACCACAAUGGGUGCCAAUAUCGAUGUAGGUAAAUGUAAAUACCUACGCGAAAUCACACUUAAUUAGUAAAUAAUCCAUCAUUAUAAUUCUAAUCUAAUCUAAAACAGUAAUACUUUGAUAAAUUAUAUGUCUAGAUAGGAUGGCGCGCUUCAAUGACACUGAAAAAUAGGCCAACUAUUUUAAGCAGGGGUGCGUGAUGUGACGUAAUUCGAAACAAAAUAUUUCUGUGAUUAUAUUUUUUUAAUUAUUCUAAUAACAAAGAUUUUAUUAAAUUUAUACGAAUUCUAAAUCCCAUGCAUUUGAAUCCCUGGGAUACCGGGCCCAUUUUGUGAUUUCGCCAUACAUUUGAAAAUAUCGAAUUUAAUAUAUAAUUUUUACACCAUACAAUUAUUUUGUAAUGACAUUUAUUUAACUAAUUUGAUGUUUUGUUUUGCUUUGAUAGAAAUGUACAAUAUAGUCCAUAAAGUUGUAGCGAGAGCGUCGCACAUAGUGUACGUAGAUGCUUGGAUGAGUGUUAACUCACCUACGUCACGCACCACAUUAGUAUAUAAGCAUUAUUUGUACAUGGAAUAAACCAGACCAAAUACCA